AUGUGCUGUGGUGGUGUCGAUGAUGAAGAUGGUGAUGUUGCAGACACACAAUCAUUUAUUGGAGUGAAUUAUGGGGACCAAAGCAGCGAGCUUCCUCAGCCAGCGGAUACGGUGAACCUUUUGAAGACUACAACCAUCGCCAAGGUUAGGUUGUUAGGUUCCGCUGAUCAAUCGAUGAUAAAAGCGCUUGAAAACACCAACAUUGAACUUGUGAUGGGGCUCGACAAUACAGAAAUUCUUUGGGUAGCGUCCGGCCCCGAUGCCGCGAGUCAAUGGGUCAACUCCAAAUUGUUGCCAUAUUACCCGGCUAGUAAGAUCAUAAUAAUCACUGUUGGCAACGAGGUCUUGACAGCGGAAAACCAAAAUGUAAUUUCUGCACUCUUGCCUGCUAUGCAGAAUAUCCAGAACGCCCUUAAUACAGCUUCACUGGGUGAGAAAAUUAAGGUCACAACGGUACAUUCGAUGGCGGUGUUAGGUCAAUUUUCCCCACCCUCAUCGGGGGCCUUCCACGUUAGUUUCGUUGACGCGAUGAAAGACUUGCUCAAAUUCCAGAGUGCACAUGGUUCGCCUUUUUUGAUCAAUGCAUUCCCUUUCUAUGAAUACAAAAGCAAUCCUACGCCUGAAACGUUGGCAUUCUGCUUGUUCCAGCCUAAUUCCGGGCAACUUGACUCGAAAAGUAACAUCACGUACAUGAAUAUGUUCGACGUGGAGGUUGAUGCUGUACGUUCUGCCUUGAAUGCAAUGGGAUAUAAGGAUAUGGAAAUCGUCGUUGCCCAGACAGGGUGGCCUUAUGAGCACAGCCGCGAUGAAGUUGGGCCGAGCUUGGAUAAUGCAAAAGCCUAUGUUGGAAACUUGAUAAACCACCUGAGGUCAAACGUUGGCACCCCACUUAUGCCUGGAAAGUCUGUUGAUACUUAUAUAUAUGAACUCUACGACGAGGACGAACCAAUGGGGCCAAGCUCAAUCUCAGAUCAAUCUUUCGGGAUUUUUAAUAGUGAUUCUUCACCACUUUAUGAUGCUGGUCUCUUUAAGAGCUCACAGAAUCCAAUUCCGCCUUCACCAUCAACUCUUUCAUGUCCCACACUAGCACCAAGAUCGGCGGGACUUUGGUGUGUGCCCAAACCAGACGGUAUCUCUGAUGCUCAAUUGCAGGAAAUUAUUAACUCUACCUGUAACCAGAAGGGGAUUGAUUGCAGCCCAAUCAAGCCCGGGGGUGCUUGUUUCGAACCAAAUACUUUAGCAUCACAUGCCGCUUAUGUGAUGAAUCUACAUUAUCAAAAUUCUGGCAGCAAUCCAUGGGAAUGCAACUUUGCUCAGACUGCAACUAUCACUACUGUUAAUCCAAGUUACGGUGGUUGCGUUUUCCCUAGUGGUAGUGCGUGA